AGCAGUCGCAGUUAGAACUUUGCCGGGUCGAGUCGUAGUUUCGCGAUAGGCACUCCGCGGAGUUUUUUUAUUCUGUUUGAUAUUUGUACAAUCGAUGGGAAGCAAAUUUGGAAUUAGUAAAUGGGAGGUAGAAAAUUUAAUUUCGAUGAUCGGUGUGUGGGAAACAUUCUAAUCCAAGUUAGUAUUGAUGGAAAAAACGUCUGCUGCAGUUGAUCGUGCCUUGUGUGACAGGUUAUUGUUGAUUGUGUACGGUGAACUGAUUGAACAGCUACCGGUUUGGGACGGUCGCCUACGAUGAAAAUUAUAGCUAUCCGGUUCCGAGACACUAAUCAUCGUUAUUGUGUAAGAAAUAGCAGCGGUGAGCGCAGUUCAACAUUGGCUGAAACCAAGAAGUUCUAGUGUGACUCAAUACUAUCUUCAAGUUUGGAGUAAAAUGGCACUGCCAUUAGCUGUUAGUUUCAAACGAGCUUUGAGCACGGUAUGAUACGUUGCCCAUACCUUCAUGAGAUGCAUGAACGACUACUGGGACCAACACCACGCCGAGUGAUACCGAUAGCAUUACCUCCCUUGGCCAAGCCGGAAAACACCAACAUCAUGGACCGCGAAAGUGACUGCCUGCUAGAGAGCCGCCCCGAGAGCCGACAAAUUGGAACGAUGGUGAAGCUCAACCCGGACGGAUUCGGUUCGCACACUACACCCACACAUCACAAAACACCGUUAGUGCCUUGCAACGGAACCGAUGACGAUGAUACGGACGACGCGCUGGGGACCACCGUCAGCGAGUCGGAGGAUGAUGACGGUAUCCAUCUGCGAACGCACAUUCGCAAGAUAAUCGAAGGCCGCAAGCCGAAAAAUGCCAAUGACUGCUUCUGGACCUUUUGGCAACCGGUUUUGGCCAAGAGGGAGAAACGCCAAAGAAGAACCUCUCUAUUUAUCGUAACUAGUCUAGUCUAUGCGAUACUACUGAUUGUAGUGUGCAUCGCGUACGUAAUUAGUGAUGUAACCACCCAUCGGCUGCCUGUCAUAUACUACGAGAGUUUCUUUACUUACCUGUACGGAGUGAGUAUACUCUUCCUGCUGUAUGUGUUCUGCUUCCUGCUGCAAGAAAGUUCUUGCUGCAGUGGAAAACCGCAGAAACCACCCAAAGAAAAGAAACCAAAGAAGGAGAAAAAACCGAAAAAAGGCGAUGUGGAAAGCGGUGGCAAAGACGGUGCCGGCAAGGAUGCUGGAAAGGACGGGAAGGACGCUGCCGCUGCAGGCAAGGGAAAGGAGGAUAAGUCCAGUAAAACAUCCGGAAAACCAAGUCCUUAUCAGGACUCAACACCGGAUCCGGAGAUCACUCUAUCACCACGAUGCAAGCGCAAAACCACUCAGGAUCCCGCUCAUGGUAGUUUCUUUUUGCGCGUCGGUGCCAUUGCUUUCGGUUUGGGAACAAUGAUCUACACCGGGUUAGAGUUUGGAUCUUUCUUCGAAAUUCCAUUCACUUCACCCUGCCAUCAGAUUCUGCGCGGAGUCAACCCACUAUUGCAAAUGAUCUUUACCUUUAUGCAGAUGUACUUUAUCUUCAUGAAUGCUCGGCUCAACAUCCACCGAUUCAAAGUUCUGGCACGUUUUGGUCUGAUGCAUAUCGUGGCGACCAAUGUGUGCGUUUGGAUUCGUACCCUGGUUCUGGAGUCACUGAAGGAAAUUACUGCCUACCACCAGCGGCGAGGACCAGAACCGGAAGAUAAUAUCAUUCUGGAAAACAUUCGCCAGCAUUCGUUACGCAACGCUGGUAUGGUCCUAGGUACCGAAUUGGGACCCCGUGAGGACGCCGAAUGGGAACCGAUCAGUGUUAACUUGAACGCACAAGAAAAUCCCGUUCAAGAGGGAGGCGUUUUGUCUAGAAUGAUUCAAAACACUGCCAAAACACUUACCGAAACAACCACUGCUGCAUUCCAAACCACCACUCGUAGUGUCCCAACAACAACGGCAAGCACCACAACAUCAACGUCCACCGUAGGGAAUAUAAUCUCGACCACCGCUGCCAACCUUUUCGACAGAAUCCGUGACAUCGUGGUAACCGAAAGUACUGCCACUUCCACCGAAUCUACACCGCAUUCAGACGAUUUCGACUCACUCAUCACGUCUACAACAGUCAGCACUACCACUACCGGCAGUGGAGCUUAUCUUGACCAGUUUAUCGACCAUGUCGACUACCUACAGCGCAACAACAGUCUUGAGCAAUCUUACGAAUCGUUGGAAUCUCUGUUUCCACAGGCGUUCAUGGCAUUAUCAACUGUGGCUACAAACAGCACCGCGGUCAGUUGUGGUCGAGUCAACAUCAUGGGAACAAUUGUGCAGGACUCGGCUCCAUACCUGUAUCCAUUUAUCAUCGAAUAUUCGUUGAUUGGCGCUGCAGUGAUCUACGUCAUGUGGAAGCACAUUGGACGAUACCCGAAGUUCACCAACGAGGAAGACUUGGAGCACCGACUGGAGGUCAUGCUGUCACGUCGGGCCGUGGUGAUGGCACAGCAGGCUCGUACUGGUCGUGUUGACUGCGUUGGAGCGUCUAAAGGAUUGUUCUUCGGAUUGCUACUGCUGGUUGGAUCGUUGAUUUGUUUGAUCUUGUUUUUCGUACUCGUAAGACAUCCUCAACUUUCACUGCUGGCAAUUUACCUAGCUGAUGCUUCCCACUCCAUUCUGAUGGUUCUGGCAGUCUUCGCAAUCAUUAUUGGAUUCAUUCGUGUUCAAAAUCUGAAGUUCCGCUGCGAAGAACAAAGUAACCUCAACGACAUUUUGCUCCGUAUAUCGGCCUUCGGUUUGUUCAUCUAUGCCACGUUCAGCGUCAUUGCCGGAUCAUUGAAUGCCCUUGAAAGUGAACCAAACUUGCUGGUAAUGGUUACUGGAAUCGUGGCUGUCGUGCAGGUCGUCAUCCAGCUGUUGUUUAUUGCCGAUGUUUCCCGCCGUCGCGUUCACCUGCCGGAACAUGAUCGUAUCAAACCAGGCCGUCAGAUCGUUACAUUCCUGCUGAUUUGCAACAUAUCGAUGUUUGCCAUCUACACGUUCGAAGCUCAAAAAGUGUUUGCCAAUCCGGUUCAACUCGAUUUCUAUGGAUUCAUUGCUUGGUCUCUGAUUCAGCGUGUCACAUUGCCGUUAUGCAUCUUUCACCGAUUCCACAGCGCUGUUACGCUAGCAGAAAUCUGGAAGACCACCUAUAAGGCUCGAUUGGAGUAAGAAGCGGUUGCCGAAAAAAAAGUUAUAGAGCAAUGAUCGUGGAGCGGCGAUACGCACAAUCAUGCCUGUAACUACGGCAAAACAUUUUUUCCACUCAUACACACCCAUACAGAGAGGCAGUGAACGCACUAAGUCGAACAGAAAAAAAGCAGAAGUUUGACAAAACAUCAAUAAUGAUUGAAGACUUUUCGAGAACUCUUUUUGAAUCCGAGAUCAGCAUUAGCGAAAUCAUAGAGGAUAUAGUCCUUUAGUCAAAAUGCACGCAUAGCAGAUGCCAAAACUAUCACUCCUACUAUUGAAACGAGUGCUUUUUGUUUAGUUGUCUUGCUCGGGUUUGACGUUUCUUAUGCCCACUUAAGUUUGAACGAGUUGUGUUGAUCAAAGCAGGCUGAGUAUUUUGUGUAAUUCUAGUGUUUUAAAUGUUUUUUUUUCGUUUGUUUUUUUUUUUCAUUUCUCGGAACUAUUUUGAUUCAUAAUGAAAUAUUUAAAGUGAGAAUAUUUGUACUUACAUUAUUUAUUCAUUGUACCAAAUGAUAAAUACUUGAAUCUUUGCUGAGUUGCUUUUGUGACGAAUUCCCAUAAAUACUUGUGAAACAAACUAAUAACUAUAGAACAUACCUUCAUCAAGUUGUAAUAGUGUAUUGUAAACAUACCAACUAAAAACAAGUAAGCAUCCCUAAGAAAGAAACGUAUAUUGGUAGUUAUAAAAUUUGAAAAUUUUACUAAGAAAUUAGAGCGCAUAGAGGCACAUUUUCACUCACUAAAAAUAAAGGGUAAAUGGAACAAUAGGAGGCAGCAGAUAAAUACGAAAUAAACAGAAAAAAAAACAUUAAACAUUGGGAUUUCCUUAGCUUCUCCGUGGGCAGCAUUGCGAGUCUAUGGAUGGAUCUGGUUCAAAUCUAUGUGUAGUUGUUAGAAUAGUAACUUGUCACAUAUUUAAGUCAUUACAUGAAGAAGAAUCAAACGUAACAAGCAUCUCAUUAUUAAACAUUAAAUAUAUACCACAGAGUCAAACCAAACGAGAGCCAAUACAUCACUUCCCUGUUUGAGGACGAACCGUUAAACAAGAUUUAAGAGAAAAAAAAGCAACGAUUCACAAAGUUAGAGCAGAACAGAAAUGUCAUAAGUAGACCGCGAGAGACAGUUUUUUAAUCGUAUAUUAAGAACAAUUUGCCCACCAUAUUUACAAUAUGAGACGAAAAAUUAAAACAAAAGAAAACAAUGGUAAAUCAAUUAUCACAUUUUCCAAAUUGUUGAGAUUAUUUAUAAUAAUUAAUGACAUAAAUUAAUAAAAAAAAACAGUGGUAAUCGAUUGAGUGAACCAGCUAAAUUUUCUAAGUCAAAUCAAAUGAUUGUAGUACGAGUGAUUUUCAUACAAAAUUUCCGAUUGUACAAAAUAAUCAUUAAGUAGAUUAUAUAUCCGUUUCGUUUCGUUUGAACCGCCUCUGUUUGUAAUCAUUAUUUAUCUUUGAAAUUUGUGUAAUAUAAGUACUGCCAGUUUAGGCAACUAUUACAAUCUAGUAUACACAUGCGUUUCAAGGACCAGAAUUAUUUGAAUAAACUUUUGCUCGUUGGUUUACCGAAGCAGAUGAAAAAAAAAACAAAAACAUGUAAUCAACUUAAAUCGGUAGAAUUUAUACCGAGAACACAAUUUUUUGAGAACACGUUCAAUAAGAUAUGGCCAAACUGAUCUGUCGAAUUAUCUCGAACGAAGCAUUCCAACAGCUCAAAAGUAGAACCUGUCGAGUUUGGUAGACAAAUUCGGUUUUCGUAAAAAAAAGAAACUGAUUAUCUAAUCCGGAAAAUAAUAAAUCAAUUUGAUGUCUAGCUCUUUUAGCGAAACCGAACAAUACAGUAGAGGAUAAUUCUCGUAGUGCUGCAGACUGACCUUGCACUGCACCAGUCCGCUCUCGCGAGCUCUCCUGUUGGGACGUAUUUUCAUAUACGUACUAAACAGCCAGUAGUAAUCGCAUACAUGAUACCAAACACAGUACCGAAUCACCAGUAGCAAGACAAGCCAAACAAACAAACAAACAAACAAACCCGUUUAUAACACUGCCGAGUUCGAAAAAUCAUCCGUUUCGAAACAGUCAAACAUGCAUAAACACUGAAACUAUAUCCCGAAUUCCUGACCAUAGCCAGUGAUACUUAGAAUGAGCAGAGUGAUGACAACGAUUGAAAGUUCUUAAAUGCGUAUCCGUUCGCAUGUACAAUGAAUAUUCUGGCAACGAAAACUAUGGGAAAAAUACACACAAAUUUGGUGUUGUUUUAGAAGAUUCCAGGUUACAACAAAAUAACGGAAUGGGAAAGUAUUUCGAUCCCACGGCACACGUAAAUUUGGCGGCAAGUGCUAUUGAAAACUGCGGAGCCAUUUGGAAUGAUCAAACGUUAGCGUCACCUUGAUUCAUGAAUUGGUAUUCCAACUCUAAUAAUCAAAAUAUAAACCCAUGAUCAGAUCGAAACCAUAUUUGAUAGAGCAAAAUUAAUCAUUACCUAAUCACUCAAAAAUAAAAAAAAAUAAAACAGAAAUGAACUGUCUAUUCCUGUAGAAGUUGCUCUUGGCUGCUAAACAGCACAGGAUCAAUCAGUAGCGAACAUCAUUUCGAAUGUAAAAUAGGUUUUUCUACUAAUUUUAAAACCCUAUAUUUAUAUGAUGAGAGUUAAACUAAAACAAUGACUUUAACAGAUGAAAUCCAGUGAGUGCAAACAAACAACUAAGUCAAUAAAAAGUAAAGUGUUGAAUUUCGUCGGUUACGAUUCGGUUGUAAAGUUUAUUCACACAUGAAACAAAAACAGAUAAAGACACUUCAACGGUAUAAACAAAUAACAAACGUUAGCACUUCGUACACUCAUCCUUCUGAAAUCACUCGGUAGAUUUUUUGUUCGCUGAACACACGAAAAUAAGACGAGCAAAGCGCUAGAACAGUAACCAAAUAGUUAGACAGUUCCUUCGUUUCCCAGCCGAAAACACGCCUACAGUGAAAAUGGCGGAUUAGCCAACGUUGGACAUAGCAGUAAACAUCAAACGAAUCGAAAUUCAGAAAUGCAUAUAUGUAAUGGUGAACUUAGAAAGCGAUCAUUUGUCUCAAUUUAUCUGUACAAAACAUGUCAACAGAUGCAGCAGAAGGUCAUUAACAGAAUAAAGAGAAAAGUGAAAACUC